GAGACCAGCUCCGAACCUUUCCCCGAGCGGCUGCAAACGGGUGCCCUCAUCCUCCAGCGCGCCAAAGAUGGCGAUCGCUUGCAGUAUCAGCUCGUGGAGGGCCAGGGACCUGCGUCGGGUUGGAUUUCCUUUGCAGCACAAGGAAAGCCGCUUCUGGCACCUCGCCACGACCUCUGGGAGGUGGUCGGGGGCAUGGAGAAGGGUGGACUCCUCGUUCGUAAAGGGCCUGAGCUGACCUCGGAGGCGUUGCCCGAGCGCCUUGCGACCGGUUCAUUCGUGCAGGAGCUGCAACCGCCCAGCGAGGGGCGGCUUCGAUUCGCGCGGCUCACGGGCCGUGGUCCGAAUCAGGGCUACGUCAGCCUGCAGGUGGGCGGGAAGCAGCUCCUCAAGAAAGUGGCGAACCAGGACCCCAAGCCUCCGCUCCAGGAGGCCUCGGAAGAGCCUCGGCCGCCGGUGCCGAAGAAGCUGCGCAUCUUCGCGUUGGCAGGCAGCAUCACCUGCAAGGAGCUGCUGAAGUUCCAGUGUGGCCAGCUUGCCGCAUUGCUCGGCAAGGACGCGGUGGAGUGGACCUACGCUGAGGGCACGGUCUCCCAUUCUUGGCAAUUCGCGGAGCAGCUGAGCGACUUCGAGCGGACAGUUGCCAAGAAACGUCAGGAGCUGAUCUCCUGGUAUGAAGACAUCUACCACUGCAACCAGGAUCGACCCGUGUUGGAGAAGCAGUUCGACCCCACUGUGAAGGUGGAGUCUGUAGAUAUUCCGGCGAAGGUAGCUCUGCUUCAGCGGCGACUCCAUGAGGAGGGGCCCUUCGACGUUAUACUCGGCUUCUCGCAAGGCUGCAUCAUGAUGCAUUACCUCGUGGGGCACCUACGGAAACAAGGGGAACCCGUGCCAUGCAAGCUGCUCCUGUUCUUCGAAGGCAUGCACAUCCGCGAUUGGAGAUAUGUGGAGCUGUUUGAGACGCCUGUGGCGCAUCCGAGCAUCCAUGUCUUCGGCGAGAAGUCGCCUUACUACUCCUACGCGCGCGAGGGCCGAUGCAGCUCGAAGCGUGUGGAGGACUACUACGAGAACCCGCUUGUGCUGACCCACUCGGAGGGCCACAACUUUCCAACGCAGCCCCCGCGAAGCACUGAAAUCUACGGCAUUGUUCGCGAGCAAAUCUUGAAGCACACGUCUUCGGCCCAAGCUGACUUGUAG